CUUUUACCGCAGUGUGGCCGACUCGACGGUCUCGAGCGCUUUUACCCCAUUGGCUCUGAGGCACUUCUCUUGCUACUUCACGGCAGUGUGGCUGGAGCAGCUGCUGAGCCGCCCGCGGUUUGGUUGUGAGUGGAGGGAACUCUUGUAACCGGCGUUGACUGGGCCAGGAGCCAUGGACGUGGGCGAACUUCUGAGCUACCAGCCCAACAGGGGCACAAAACGCCCCCGGGAUGAUGAUGAGGAGGAGCUGAAAACCCGUCGGAAACAAGCUGGUCCUCGGGAGCGUGGCCGCCACCGGGAGGAGGAAGCCGCUGUGGUGGAGGAAGCCGAUGACGACAAGAAGAGGCUGCUCCAGAUCAUUGACCGGGAGGGCGAGGAGGAGGAGGAGGAGGAGGAACCGCUGGAUGAAAGCUCAGUGAAGAAGAUGAUCCUCACAUUUGAGAAGAGAUCCUAUAAAAACCAAGAGUUGCGGAUCAAGUUUCCAGACAAUCCAGAGAAGUUCAUGGAAUCCGAGCUGGACCUGAAUGACAUCAUUCAAGAGAUGCACGUGGUGGCCACCAUGCCAGACCUGUACCACCUUCUGGUGGAGCUGAAUGCUGUGCAGUCGCUUCUCGGAUUGCUGGGACACGAUAAUACAGAUGUGUCCAUCGCCGUGGUUGACUUGCUUCAGGAACUGACAGAUAUUGACACCCUCCACGAGAGCGAAGAGGGAGCGGAAGUCCUCAUUGAUGCGCUGGUGGAUGGGCAGGUGGUAGCGCUGCUGGUGCAGAAUCUGGAGCGGCUGGAUGAGUCUGUGAGAGAGGAGGCGGACGGCGUCCACAACACGCUGGCGAUCGUGGAAAACAUGGCUGAGUUCCGGCCUGAGAUGUGCACAGAGGCCGCCCAGCAGGGGCUCCUGCAGUGGCUCCUGAAGAGGCUAAAGGCAAAGAUGCCUUUCGAUGCCAACAAGCUUUACUGCAGUGAAGUGCUGGCCAUAUUGCUGCAGGACAAUGACGAAAACAGGGAAUUGCUUGGGGAGCUGGAUGGAAUCGAUGUGCUUCUUCAGCAGUUAUCCGUGUUUAAAAGACACAAUCCCAGCACAGCCGAGGAGCAGGAGAUGAUGGAGAAUCUGUUUGACUCACUGUGUUCCUGCCUGAUGCUCAGUUCCAAUCGUGAACGUUUCCUGAAGGGCGAGGGCCUUCAGCUGAUGAAUCUCAUGCUCCGUGAAAAGAAGAUCUCCCGGAGCAGCGCCCUCAAAGUGCUGGAUCAUGCCAUGAUCGGACCCGAGGGCACGGACAAUUGCCAUAAGUUCGUUGACAUUCUUGGCUUACGAACCAUCUUUCCUCUUUUUAUGAAAUCUCCCAGAAAGAUCAAGAAGGUGGGGACCACGGAGAAGGAGCACGAAGAGCAUGUCUGUUCGAUCCUGGCUUCCCUCCUGCGCAACCUGAGAGGGCAGCAGCGGACCCGGCUUCUGAACAAAUUCACCGAGAACGACAGUGAGAAGGUUGACAGACUAAUGGAGCUGCAUUUUAAAUAUCUGGGUGCAAUGCAGGUGGCUGACAAGAAGAUUGAAGGAGAAAAACAUGACAUUGUGCGGCGUGGAGAAAUCAUAGACAACGACAUGGAGGACGAGUUCUACCUCCGGCGCCUGGAUGCGGGGCUCUUCGUCCUCCAGCACAUCUGCUACAUCAUGGCUGAGAUCUGCAACGCCAACGUCCCCCAGAUCCGCCAGAGGGUCCAUCAGAUACUAAACAUGCGAGGAAGCUCCAUCAAAAUUGUCAGGCACAUCAUCAAGGAGUACGCAGAGAACAUCGGGGACGGCCGGAGCCCAGAGUUCCGGGAGAGCGAGCAGAAGCGCAUCGUGGGCCUGCUGGAGAACUUCUAGAGCCCCGGCCAGCACGUGGACAGCCGCUUCCCCCGGAACUGUCUCUGCACAGCUCUGUGUGCUCUGGACAAUUAAAGCUAGUUUUGGAACCCCGGA